UAGAUAAGUAUCUCAAAAACUUUAACUCUAUUUGUGAUAAUUUAUCUGUAAUUGGAAAACUAGUGAAUGACUUGGAUAAAUGCUUUCAUUUAUGUAGAGGAUUAGGCCAUACUUAUCAAGAUUUUAGGUUGGCUAUGUUGUCAAAGCCCCCAUAUCCGACAUAUACGCAGUUUGUUCUCUCUUUAAGGUCUCAUGAAUAGGUUCUAAGUAAUUUUUCAGAAGAAAAACAGGGCCUAAAUCAAGAAUAUGCAUUUGUUGGGCAACGAAGUCGUGGAACAGGAAGAGGAUGUGGUGGUAGAUUCAAUUCCCGUGGACGUGGUUUUGGACCCGCAAGCUUCUCUGUGCCAAAUCGUGUAGUUUUCAGUCCUACAAACUUUUCUGUCCAUAAUCGUGGAGGAAGUCACUUUUCAACACAAGGCCGUGGCAGCUAUUUUUCCCGUAAUAUGGCUCUUGCACCAGUUUUGUUUUUAUUACUUGGAGGUGAUUUGUUUGAAUCAAACUCUUGUUGACCCAGAUUGUAUGAUGACGUGGCUAUGUGAUGACAUGGCUGCAGCACAGUCAGCUUAUAUUACCCACCAGCUGUUGUGAGGAGACAACCCACUUACAACCAGUCUUUCCUUCCUCACCUACCACCUGCUGCCCUCCAUCCCAACCGGUCCCCACUCACACACACACCCCCAUGUCACCUACCUCCUCACCUACCCCCUGUUGCACUACAUCACAGCCGGUCCCCACUCACUCACAAUCAUUUUCUGAUCAGGUACCAGCCUCUCCUACAACCAUCACAGUUCCUCCUAUUCCCACUCAAGACAUCUCCUCUUAAUUAUUUGUGGACUUAGACUUCCCACCGUUACCAUCUCCUUCCCCUCAACCUCCCACUCAACCUCAUCACCCCAUGCUCACACGCCAUCAGCUCAAACAAAACCCCCACCGUAUCAUUGAGCUUCAUCCUCAUAAUACCACUAACACUGCUCUUCUCCUUGAAACGACCCUUGUUCCCGUUCCCAAAUCAGUCAAGACAGCCCUUACUCUCCCUGAAUGGCGCAAUGCCAUGCUUGAAGAAUUAUUUGCUCUUCACGCCAAUGCCACUUGGGUCUUAGUACCUCGGCUAGUGAAUGUUAAUGUGGUCUGUUCCAAAUGGGUCUAUCGUGUGAAAUACAAAGAAGAUGGUUCUUUGGAUCGUUAUAAAGCACGCUUGGUGGCCAAAGGUUAUACGCAAAAUUGAAGGCUUCGACUAUGAUGAGACUUUCAGCCCGGUGGUGAAACCCACUUCUAUUCGGUUGAUCAUAUCUAUUGCUCUUUCCUAUAGGUGGCCGGUUAAGCAACUUGAUGUAAAAAAUGCUUUUUUGAAUGGGCAUCUUAAAGAACAGGUUUUUAUGUAGCAACCUUCUGGAUUUGUUGAUCGUACCAACCCAGAUUAUGUGUGCCUUCUCAAACGAUCUCUUUAUGGCCUCAAACAAGCUCCUAGAGCUUGGUUUGAUCGCCUCUCACAGUGCUUACUCGGCUUGGGUUUCCAAUGUAGUAAAGCUGACGCUUGUUUGUUUAUUUUUAAACAAACCACUGACAUCGUUCUUCUCUUCGUCUAUGUCAAUGAUGUUCUCUCAACAGGUUCUAAUACUUCUUUACUUGCUGCUUUGGUCACCCGCUUGAACAUUGAAUUUGCUCUGAAGGAUCUUGGUUCUCUUUGUUAUUUUUUGGGUAUUGAAGCUCGGCCUUUUUCUGGUGGUUUGUUCUUAUCUCAAACCAAAUAUGCUCAUGAUCUUUUGCAGCGGGCCAAUUUGUUAGGCCCUGCGCCCAUGGCCACCCCGAUUUCUGUCAAACAAGCCUUUCACAGCCAAGAUCAUCUUCCUGUCAAUGCAACCAAAUAUCGAAGCCUGGUAGGAGCACUUCAAUAUCUCACAUUUACACGGCCGGAUAUUCAACAAGCUGUUAAUCAUGUGUGUCAACAUUUUCAAACUCCCCAACAGCAGCAUCUUCGGGCCGUUAAGUGUAUCCUCUGAUAUGUUUGUGGUACCAUGGACAAUGGUUUACGUUUCUUCAAACAAAGCUCCAAUUGUCUUCAAGGCUGCUCUGAUGCAGACUGGGCUGGCUGCCUUUAACUAGACGCAGCACUACAGGUUUUUGCAUUUACUUUGGUGCCAACUUGAUCUCUUGGUCCUCCAAAAAAACAACCUACUAUUGCUCGUUCCAGUACGGAAGCUGAAUAUCGAGCCAUGGCCUCCGCUGCCGCCGAACUCACUUGGAUCUCUCACUUGCUGCAAGAAAUCGGUAUCUCGUAUGACAGGCCGCUGAAGCUGUAUUGUGAUAAUCUUAGUGCUCUUCAUCUCACCCUCAAUCCAGUCUUUCAUAAUCGAACUAAACACUUUCAGCUCGACUAUCAUUUCAUUCGAGAGAAGGUUGCCUCUGGAGAAAUUAUCAUCCAGUACCUGCCAUCUUCUUCUCAAAUUGCAGAUCUGUUUACAAAACCUCUCAGCCGUUCUCAAUUUCUUCAUUUUCGCGGCAAACUGGGAGUUCACAAGCUCCCACUCGCCAGUUUGAGGGGGGAUGAUAAGCUGACUGUGCUGCAGCCAUGUCACAGUCAACAGCCAUGUCAUCACAUAGCCAUGUCAUCAUACAAUCUGGAUCAACAAGAGUUUGCUUCAAACAAAUCACCUCCAAGUGAUAAAAACAAAACUGGUGCAGGAUAAAUGUUAUCAGCGAUAAAGUUGGUGUAGCUGGUGUAGUUAUCUGUCAUUGGUAAUCCUUAUUUUGCCUUUUCUUGUAACUAACGUAUGGGAAAAUACUUGUAUAAAUAAUGCUGUAAAAGUCAAUAUUAGAUGCAGAAAAAGUGCAGUAAACAGUUAAGUAAUACAAUAUAUACAAGCACAUUUUUUGUUCCUUUCUUGUUUUUUAUCAAUUCAUUCCUAAUUUCUUUCAUGUAGAAUUAUAUACUAAUAAAUGAACUUUAAUGAAAUCAUGAAAUCUCCCUGAUUGAACGAUAUAUAAGGACCCAAACCUUAAUUUUGAGACAUUCAUACAGAAAACUAAAAUGGCAGAUGAUCAAGUAGUUCUACUAGAUGUCCUUCCGAGCUGAUUCGGGAUGAGGGUGAGAAUUGCUUUGGCAGAGAAAUGGAUCCAAUACGAAUACAAGGAAGAGAAUCUGCUUGAAAUAUCCCCUUUGCUUUUGCAAAUGAACCCCGUUCAUAAAAUGGUCCCGGUACUCAUCCACAACGGAAAACCCAUCUGCGAGUCCCUCAACAUUCUUCUCUACGUCGAUGAGGUUUGGCCUCAUCGUAAAUCUCGGCCUCUCUUGCCUUCUGAUCCAUACCAGAGAUCUCAGGCGAGGUUUUGGGCUGAUUUUAUUGACAAGAAGAUAUAUGAUAGUGGGAAAAGGGUGCUGAUGAGCAAAGGAAAGCAGCAAGAGGAAGCCAAGAAGGAGAUGAUAGAGUCUUUGAAGCUCUUGGAAGGAGUGCUCGGAGACAAGCUUUACUAUGGAGGUGAAAAGUUGGGGUUGUUGGACGUGGCUUUUAUACCUUUUUACUGCUGGUUUUAUUCCUACGAAACCUGUGGUGGGUUUAGUGUAGAAGCCGAGUGUCCAAAGUUGGUUGGGUGGGUUCGGAGGUGUAAAGAUGUAGAGAGUGUUUCCAAAUCUCUCGUCGACCCACUUUUGGUGUUUGACUAUGUUUUGCAGCUCAGGAAAAGGGCUGGAUUGGAGUGAAAAUACAGUAUUUGAAUCGUUCAGAUCAUAUUCAUUCGUGUGUAUAAAUGCUCCGUUUCUCUAUUAUUGUUUACUUCUUAAGUUGGUUGAGUUGGAGGCUUUUAUUUUUAUUAUUUUUGUUUUUUAUUUUUUUGUUUUUUCACUUCUUAAAAAUAAACCUUUUCUUCCUUUAUUAUUUAUUUCGUAUUUUAAUAAAAAAUUGUCGGUGC